UACAAUGAUGUGCAUGUGAACUUCACUCAAGAAGAGUGGGCUUUGCUGGAUCCUUCCCAAAGGAAUCUCUACAAAGAUGUGAUGCUAGAGACCUACAGGAACCUCACUGCAAUAGGUUACAAUUGGGAAAGUCAUAAUAUAGAAGAGCAUUGUCAAAAUUCUAGAAGACAUACAAGACAUAAAGGAACUCACACUGGAGAAAAACCUUAUGAAUGUAACCAAUGUGGUAAAGCCUUUGCAGAUAACAGUAGUCUCCAAAAACAUAAAAGAACUCACACUGGAGAGAAACCUUAUGAAUGUAACCAAUGUGGUAAAGCCUUUGCACAGAACAGUCAUCUCCUAGUACAUAAAAGAACACACACUGAAGAAAAACUUCAUGAAUGUAACCGAUGUGGUAAAGCCUAUGCAUCUAACAGUGAUCUCCUAAGACAUAAAGGAACUCACACUGGAGAAAAACCUUAUGAAUGUAAUCAAUGUGGUAAAGCCUUUGCAUAUAACAGUAAGCUUUUAGUACAUAAACGAACUCACACUGGAGAAAAACCUUAUGAAUGUAAUCAAUGUGGUAAAGCCUUUGCAUGGAACAGUGAUCUCCAAAAACAUAAAAGAACUCACACUGGCGAGAAACCUUAUGAAUGUAACCAAUGUGCUAAAGCCUUUGCAGAUAACAGUAGUCUCCAAAGACAUAAAAGAAAUCACACUGGAGAGAAACCUUAUGAAUGUAACCAAUGUGGUAAAGCCUUUGCAUCUAACAGUAAUCUACGAGUACAUAAAAGAAUUCACACCGGAGAGAAACCUUAUGAAUGUAACCAAUGUGGUAAAGCCUUUACACAGAACAGUAAUCUCCUAGUACAUAAAAGAACUCACACUGGAGAAAAACCUCAUGAAUGUAACCAAUGUGGUAAAACCUUUUCACAGAACAGUCAAUUCCUAAUACAUAAAAGAACUCACACUGGAGAGAAACCUUAUGAAUGUAACCAAUGU